AGAAUCAUAUCCAUCGCGACCAUCGCUGGGCGAUGCCUCUUCAUCCUCACCCGCACCACUCUAGUUAACUUAGAGUUGUUGAUCCAGCCUCCUCCAGGCUCUUCAAGGCUCUCUACCGCCAUCCCUCCUCUCUCUCUCCCUGCGUCGCAUCGCAUCGCAUCGCAUCAGCCAUGGCCAUGGCGGUUGCUCAUGCUCACACUGCCACUUCCCAGCUCUCUUCCGUCUGCACCAAGUCGUCGUCGUCGCCCUCUCUGUCCAGGGCCUCUCGCGGCGUCCACUUCGUGCUGCCUCUUUCCUCUCCCUCUGCUGGUGUUUCCAGCGAGCUCAAGCUAAAGUUUUUAGAUUCUCGAAUACAGAAGUCGAGAAGGUUUCAGCAGGGUGCAGGCAAUGGAUUCAACUUGGUAGCAGUGUUCAAAUAUCCUCAACAGGAUCAUAGAAGGAGGCGAGGUGAAGCUGUGGUGGUGCGAGCCGGUGAGGUAGCAGUGAAGGAGGAGUCUGGUACACCAUCGCUGGGUCUUGAAGUUGUUGAGACUAACCUUGCCAACUCCAGGGUUCAGUUGAAAGUACACGUUCCAGUUAGCGUUUGUAAAGACUGCUACGAUCAAGUUUUGAAAGAAUUUGGCAAGCAAUCAAAGGUUCCGGGUUUUCGGCCUGGAAAGAACAUACCAGAAAAUGUGCUGAUCAAUUUCAUUGGCCAAGAUCAAAUACGUUCCUCUGCGGUCGAGGCUGUGCUCAAGCGCACACUUCCAGAAGCAAUGUCCUCUGUCGCCGGGAGAGCAAUCAAGGACUCUGAGCAUAUUUCCACAAAAUUUGCCGAUUUGGCAGCUGGUUUUGCCCCAGAUAAACCUUUAAGUUAUGAUGUGGCAGUGGAUGUGGCACCGGAAAUAAAAUGGAAUCCGGAAAAUGGAUACAAGAACCUCAAAGUAACGGUGGAGUGUGAGGCAGACGAUGCAUUGGCCGCUCAAAAAGCAGCUGAUGCUGAGCUACUGUCACGACUAAAAGACUUGGGUUCCCUUCGAGUAGUUAUAGGUAGAGGUUUAGAGAUGGGCGAUGUUGGUGUAGUUGAUGUUUCCGCAGUGCGACUGAAUGAAGAUGGCACUACUGGUGAUGAAAUUUUGUCCUGCAAGCAGAAAGGUUUCCGGCUUGACACAGAUGAAGGAGGUAGCUUUUUACCGGGCUUCGUAGAAGCCUUGAUUGGUAUCCAGAAUGAUGAGUCUAGGUCUUUUGACCUCACUUUUCCUCCGACGUGGGAGCAGGAAUCUCUUCGUGGAUUGCAGGCCCGCUUUACGGUUGUUGGCAGGGAAAUUUUCAUUCGGCAGCUUCCAGAGCUCAAUGACGAACUUGCGCCUCAGCUUUUUCAGGAUUGCACGUCUCUUGCCGAGAUCAAGGAAGCACUCUUGAGAAAGCACACGGAGCUGAUUGAGAGAGCUAAGAAAACAGCAACACAGUUUGCUAUAACCACUGAGCUUGCUAAGGUUGCGGAAAUCGACGUACCGAACUCAUUGUUGGAGGAGCAAGGUCGUCAAAUGUAUGCUUCCAAGCUGAUCGAAUUGCAGGCAAGUAUGAAGCUUUCAAAGGAGCAGGUAGUAGCCCUGUCUAGCGCUGAGAUGGUGCAUAACUACCUUAUCGCCCAGAAGCCAAGGAUCACAGAGUCUGUGAAGCAGAGCCUUGCUGUGGCGGAGAUUUACAAGCUCGAGAAUUUAGAGAUAUCAGAAGAGGAGCUUCAGGCUGAAGUCGAUUCCGCCAUAGAAGAAUUCAAGCGGUUUGAUCAGGAAUACGAAGUGGUUCGUGUUAAGGAACAGGCACGUGAGCUUCUAGAAGGCUCAAAGGUUCUGGACUGGUUAACCGAGCACGCUGACAUCACCUAUGUGCCCAAGCAAUCAUAAUAAGACGCACCAACCCAUGUUCUAGAGCGACCAACAUUUGACAAAGCUUAGCGUAUUAGAUGAGGAGCUCCGAAGCUCAGAAGCUUCGAAAACAAGGCGCCGCUUGAGAAGGUGUUCAUAAUGAAUCAGGAUAGAUUAGAAUUAAGCAGCAUUACUUAGCAUCACAUUUGGGUAGCUGGCUUUUCAUGCUCGUCCAGGAUUUUUUUUACCUGCGACCGCCGCCAACCACAGAUUGUGAGAAGGGGUAACGAAAGCAAGAGGUCUUAGUUUCAGGGGUCGGGUAAGGAACACCACAGGAUGCUUAGAAAGGUGUGAAUUUGGCGCACUCCCGUCAGGUUCAAAAUACAUUCUAGAGACCAUCCUGACACGGUCUAUUUCUUGCUAAUUCCACUAUGUUCUCUUGCAUCGGCAGUCAGUUUCUUGUAUUUGGGGUUCA